GCCGCGCUGGGUUGUGCAGGGCCUCGGGGCUCGCUGCGGGCCUCGGGGGCGGCAGGGGGCUCAGGCGGGUUGGUUGUGCCGUGUCCGGCCCGUGUUGCCCCUGGGCUGAGGGCGCUGCGGGAGCGGCUGCCCGCGGUCUCCUUCCCGCCGCUGCCUCGGCCGGAGCCGCUGCCGGAGCAGCGCUGGUUCGGCCCGGUUCCUGUGGCUGGGACAGAGGGGGCUCCCACGUCCCCGGAGGCUGUGCUGGGGCCGCCUCCGAGCUCCGCCGCCGCCUCACCAGGCUCCGGCCGCUGCCGCCGCUCCCGGACCCGCACAGACGCUCCGGUAAUGGCGGCUCUGCCGAGCCUGGGGCGGCACCGGGGCCGUGCUUGGCCCCGCUCCCACCAAUCAGCCCGCGAGGUCGACAACCGACGGCAGAAUAAACCAAUGGCAGCGAGGGGUGGGCUCUGCACACGGCGCGGGCUCUGCACACGGCACGGCCUCACUGCUCCUUCACCGCACUCCGGCAUUUCCUGGAACCCGCGGCUGAGGAGCGGCCCCGGCGCUGGGCCCGGCCCGGGCAGGAGGCCAAGGAGCCGCUGCUGCUGCCCCGAACCGCCGGGAGCUCGGCGUGACCGGGACCUGAGGGCGCUGGGAGCUGGGGAUUUUUCGUUCCCAGGGGAUGUUUGGAUGGAGGAGGAGGAAAAGCCCUGGAGAUCUUGCACGAGGAGUGGCUGCAAACCCUGCCCAGGGAGCUGUGAGCAGGAAAGAGCUGCCCUGAGCCAGGAAGGCAGCGGGAGAUCCAGGCGGAGGUCAGAGCUGGUGGAGAAGUCUCAUGGCAGGGAGAAGCCACACAAGUGCUUGGAAUGUGGGAAGGGUUUCAGCCGGAGCUUGAACCUGAUCCAGCACCAGGUGGUCCACACUGGGGAACGGCCCUACGAGUGUGAGGAGUGUGGGAAGCGUUUCAGCUGCAGCUCCAACCUGAGCCGGCACCAGAGGUUCCACACUGGGAAACGGCCCUACGAGUGUGAGGAGUGUGGGAAGAGCUUCAGACAGAGCUCCCACCUGAUUCUGCACCAGAGAUUCCACACUGGGAAACGGCCCUACGAGUGUGAGGAGUGUGGGAAGAACUUCAGAGACAGCUCUGACCUUAUCCGGCACCAGAGGAUCCACACCGGGGAGCGGCCCUACAAGUGUGAGGAAUGUGGGAUGGAUUUCAUCCAGAACUCCAACCUGAGGAAACACUACAGGAUUCACACAGGGGAGAGGCCCUACCAGUGUGGGAAAUGUGGGAAGAGCUUUAGCCAGUGCUGUAGCCUGAUUCAGCACCAGGUGAUCCACACUGGGGAACGGCCCUACACCUGCUUGGAAUGUGGGAAGAGCUAUGGGUGGAUCAGUGGCCUGAGAAGACACCACCAGCGCAUCCACACUGGGGAGAAACCCUACAAGUGUCCUGAGUGUGGGAAGAGGUUUCACAUCAGCUCCGAUCUCCUCAGACAUGAGCGGAUUCACACAGAGGAGAGGCCCUUCCGCUGCCCUGACUGCGGGAAGGGCUUCAAGCAAAACUCCAAAGUCACCAUCCACCGGCGCAUCCACACUGGGGAGAGGCCCUACGAGUGUGGGGAGUGUGGCAUGACCUUCUCACAGAGCUCAACCUUGACCAAACACCAACGGAGGCGCCACUAAGGGAAGCCCUGUGAGUUCCCCGAGUGCAGGAAGAGCUUUGUGUGCUGCUCCAGUUCCAUCCCCCAUGGAAGUAUCCACGUUGGAUGAUCCCCAGUGACCCCCGUUGGGCAGAGCCCUGGUGAUCCCUUAUUGGAAAUAGACGAGAGAGAUAAACAAUGGAGCUGAUAAAGGGGCCUGAUAUCUGGGGCCUGAUGGAGCAGAAACUGUGGGAGACACAGAUAGAGAUAAAGGCUCCCUGGGCAAGAAGUGACCAAGCAGCAUUUGGUGAAACUUUGUGAUAAGAUAAUGUUACCAGGUUGUCACCCUGAUUUUGUAAAACUUUGUAAGCCUUCUGAUGUUUAUAUUCUCUCAACAAACUUUCUCACACACAAUUCUGUAAAUAACCUAUGUUUUGCAUUCUUUCAUGGAGGUGGAGAGAAUUGAUGGACCCUUGGUCUGUCCAGUGGCAUUGGAGAGGUGGCACUGUCACCCUCCAAUCCACUGUCACCUUUGGAAAACUAUAAAUGUUGGAGUCAGAAAAUAAAGGUGCUCUUUUUUGUUCCCCUCGA